UAUAAAUCCUAAAAUAGAUUUAUAUAUAUAUAUAUAUAUAGUUAAUUUAAAAUGUGUCGAGUUAGACUUUUAUAAAUUACAAAACACUCCAAUAUUAACUGUUGAUUUUUGAACCACCCUAUUCUCAUUCUUUUUCUUCAAAGUGGUAUUAUACUUAUCUUUUUUCAAAAAGUGGCCCUUUAAUAUUUCAAAAAAGAAAAACAUAAAAAGAUGGCCCUUUAAUCUUAUAUGCGCUUUCUUUUUUUUGUUCUGAUGUGGACUUAUUAUUAUUAUUAUUAUUUUCUUAUUCAUUUUCAGCACUCCCGCUCAACUCAAAUGACUUCUUCAGUUUGUUCUUUAGAACCCAAACCCAAAAUCUCUGUUACUGGGCUUGCCAUUUAAUCCCAAUGAUGGAACAGUUUUAUCCUUUUUCAUUUUUAUCAUUUCCAACAAGAAUCUUAGAAUUGACUGUAUUGACAUGUGGGUGCAUAUUAUUUUCCUGGUAAGUAUACUUUCCACGGGGGAAGUAGAGCAUACUAAACCAACCAAUUCUACCAAGAAUGGAAGAGAAGAGUCCACUCAUUUUCAGUACAAAAGCUACAUAUAGUUCCAUCUAUGGCAUCUUCAAAUUCAUCUUCUAUAUUCUCAAAAUUCUCUACAAAUAUCUCUCAUAUUAUCAAAAUUUGAAAUAUGGUUACUGAAUCAGAUCAGCUUCACAUCUUUCUCUUCCCUUUAAUGGCAUCAGGUCACACUCUUCCAUUUUUAGACCUAGCUAGACUCUUUGCACAAAGAGGUGCUAAAAUCACUAUUAUCACUACUCCUGCAAAUGCACCUCGCAUCACAACAAUACAAACAACUAAAGAUUCAGCCGCCCAAAUAAGCCUCAAGAUCAUCAAUUUCCCUUCCAAGGAAGCUGGCUUACCUGAAGGCAUUGAAAGUCUUGAUAUGCUAUCUGAUUAUCAGCUUCGUGGCAAGUUCUUUGCUGCUCUAACUUUACUUCAAGAACCUUUAGAGCAAGCCAUACAAGAGUUGAAUCCACAUGCAAUCGUAGCAGACGUGUUCUUUCCAUGGGCUACUGAUUUAGCAGCCAAGUAUGGAAUCCCAAGGUUAAUCUUCCAAAUAAGUAGCUUCUUUUCCUUGUGUUGUUUCGCUAAUCUUGAAGAACACCAGCCUCACAAGAAUGUAUCUUCUGAUACUGAGUUGUUUAGCUUGUCUGGUUUUCCUGAUCAGAUAAAGUUUACAAGAUCGCAACUCCCCGAUAGCUUUACAGAAGAAAAUCCAAAUGCUUUUCUUAGAUUGAUAAUCAGUACUCAUGAAGUAGAGAAAAGAAGCUAUGGAGUGAUUGUUAAUAGUGUUUAUGAGUUGGAACUUGCAUAUGCUGAUUAUUACAGGAAUACUUUGGGAAGAAGAGCUUGGCAUAUAGGGCCUGUUUCGCUUUGCAAUAAGAAUUUUCAAGAAAAGUCGCAUAGGGGGAAGAAAUCAAGCAUUGGUGAAGAUGAGUGUAUGAAAUGGCUUGAUUCAAAGAAACCCAAUUCUGUUCUUUACGUAUCAUUUGGUACAGUAACAAAGUUUUCUGAUUCCCAGCUACAUGAGAUAGCAAUAGGCCUUGAAGCUUCAGGGCAGGACUUUAUCUGGGUUGUAAGGACAGAAGGAACUGAAAAAGAUAAUGAAGAAAAAUGGUUGCCUGAUGGAUAUGAGAAAGGAAUGGAAGGAAAGGGACUAAUUAUAAGAGGAUGGGCACCUCAAGUUUUGAUUCUUGAUCAUGGUGCAAUUGGUGGUUUUGUUACUCAUUGCGGAUGGAACUCUACUUUAGAAAGUAUAUGUGCUGGUCUGCCAAUGGUAACAUGGCCCAUUUUUGCUGAUCAGUUUUUUAAUGAGAAGUUAAUAACUGAUAUUUUGAAGAUUGGAGUUGGUGUUGGGGUCCAAAAAUCAAAAGCACUGGUUGGGGAUUAUGUGGAGAGUGAAAAGAUAGAGAAGGCAGUGAAGGAGAUAAUGAUGGGUGAGAAAACAGAGGAAUUUAGGACCAGAGCCAACAAUUUUGGGGAAAUAGCAAGGAGGGCUAUUCUAGAUGGGGCCUCAUCUUAUAAUGAUUUGGGUGCUUUAAUUGAAGAAUUAAGAUCUUAUCAAGCAUGAGGAUUGCAGCAAUAUUUAUGUCCCUAUGCCUAAUUCCUGAUGUAUUAGUACCUUGUCAGUGAAAUUUUACAUGCAAUAACAUGCCUUAUGCAUUGCGAAUAAGAUUCAACUUGUUGUAGUUCUUUCUAAUUUUUAAUUCAUUUAGAUUGGAAUGUCAAA